UUUGUUCUUACCCAAAAUUGUGUCUGAAAUUCAGGCGUACAAAGAUCCUUAUUUUGGUUUUUUUCAGAUGCUGUCUUCUUAGUUAGAGAGAUCCACUGAAGAAGAAGAACAUCCAUGGCUGUAAUUCUGUGAACAAGAAGAGCAUCCAUGGCUUCCUCUAGCUUCCAAAAAAACAAGCAUCCUCUUUUCACUGUGAUCCGUUUCUUCAAGAUUAUUCUCAGAAAAAGCCUUGAUGAUGGAUAUCUUAAAAUACCAAUCACGUUCAGUAGGAAACAUGGUAAUAAUAUGCCAAAUCCAGUGUAUCUGAAGCCUCCAGAUGGCACUCAAUGGAAAAUACAUUGGACUAAUAAUGGUGAUGAGAUUCUGUUUCAAAAGGGUUGGAAAGAGUUUGCUACAUUUUACACUUUGGAUAAUGGUCAUUUGUUGUGGUUCAAGUACAAUGGAACUUCUAACAUCAAAGUAAACAUAUUCGACAUGAGUGGCCUCGAAAUUGAGUAUACUUCCAAUGGCCGAAUCGGUGAUGAUAACUUGGUUGAGACUUUGGAGGAACCGCCGCCACGAAGGGGCCGAGGCCGGCCAAAGAAGAAAGUGAUAGCAGAACCAAAGCAAUCAUGUCCUUCUACAAGUAAAAAAAUGAAAAGAGCCAUCAAAACUAAAGACAUGGAUAAAAGCCCCAAUACACAAAACUUGAAGCAGCAUGUCAAGAUCAAGAUUGAAGAAGAUAGUCAAUCUGAAGAGACAGCAGAUAUUAAGCAGCCAAUAGUUCAAUGUGCCAGACCAGAUAUAGAUGUUAUUAGAGAAGCAAGGAAGUUCAAGUCAAAAAAUCCUUCUUUCGUGAUAAAGAUUAGGCAAAAGCACCAAGCAGGAUCACCAGCAAGUCUUCCAGUUUGCUUCUUCAGAAUGUACUUCGAGAACACGAAGCAGUCUGCAACUCUACAUGUUGGAAAGAAGCAGUGGCAUGCAACAUUGAUCUAUUAUCCAUAUAAGAAGAGUGCCAUUAUCUCUAAUUGGCGCUUGUUCGUUAAAGAAAAUAACAUAAAAGCCGGAGAUGUUUGUAUCUUUGAGCUCAUUAACAGACAAGAUCCAGAGCUUAAGGUUCAUAUUCGUCGAAGCCAUGAUUAGCGAAUGACAAUGCUUGUGUUGCAGAUCAAUGGUGUAUGUUCAGGGAUCAAGAGUUUUCAUCACACCUAAAUGGUUGCAUUGAAGUGAUAUCUCCUUACUACCAUAACUAGAAAUGUAUCAGUGAUCAAUGCAGAAACAACACAUAUAGAAUUAGAGACUGUUGGUAGUAUAAGAUGUUAUUUGGACAAAGUACCUAAUCAAAAGUUAUCCAACUACUUAUUUUCAAAGCAAUUAUGGUUUGAAUCCUAUUUCACUCAU